AUGCAGGAUGUAUGCUCCAAUUGCAGUGGCCGAAGAGCUGAAAUUGAUUUCGACGCGAGACAAAAUGUAACAUGCACAGUCAUCGUUUCGGACGUCGUCGGAUGUUAUCACUGCCUCAACGGCGCAAGAGUAGAACUCGCUUGCCACUCGAGCGAACAUGAAGUCACAGCCGAAGUGAAAUGUGGAGAACACCACCAGAUAGCGACAUGCACGAAGACGGAACAUAUCAAUAAGCUCACAUUCAAUUUUGCAACUGUUAUCGUGAAGGAAACAUACACACUCGUUUGUCCUGGAGGACUGACAAAAUUCGUCAUCAGUGGAACCCUCGAGUUAUGUCAAUGA